AUGCUCUCUUUCUUACCUUCCUUUUCCCUCCCUUCUUACACUCUUUAUUGCUCUCUUUCUUACCCUCCUUCUUACCCUCUUUUUACCUCCCUUCUUACACUCAUCAAUGCUCUCUUUCUUACCUUCCUUUUCCCUCCCUUCUUACACUCUUCAUUGCUCUCAUUUUUAACCUCCUUCUUACCCUCUUUUUACCUCCCUUCUUACACUCUUCAUUGCUCUCUUUCUUACCUUCCUUCUCUUUCCCUUCUUACACUCUUCUUUGCUCUCUUUCUUACCUUCCUUUUCCCUCCCUUCUUACACUCUUUAUUGCUCUCUUUCUUACCCUCCUUCUUACCCUCUUUUUACCUCCCUUCUUACACUCUUCAUUGCUCUUUCUUACCUUCCUUUUACCUCCCUUGUUACACUCUUCAUUGCUCUCUUUCUUACCUUCCUUUUCCCUCCCUUCUUACACUCUUCAUUGCUCUCAUUUUUAACCUCCUUCUUCCCCUCUUUUUACCUCCCUUCUUACACUCUUCAUUGCUCUUUCUUACCUUCCUUUUCCCUCCCUUGUUACACUCUUUAUUGCUCUCUUUCUUACCUUCCUUUUCCCUCCUUCUUACCCUUUUCAUUGCUCUUAUUUUUAACCUCCUUCUUCCCCUCUUUUUACCUCCCUUCUUACACUCUUCAUUGCUCUUUCUUACCUUCCUUUUCCCUCCCUUGUUACACUCUUUUUACCCACUUUUUAAUAUAUUUUCUUUUAUUCUUUAUUUUCCCCACUCUUAUCUCCUUCUUGCUCUUUGCUCUUUUCUUUCUUCUUUUCCCUUCGUCUUAAUCGCUCUUUAUUCUCAUUUGACUCUUUUCUUAAAAUCUGAUUCUCAGGCUUUUCAUCCUUUUUGUCAUUUUUAUUCUUAUCUUCACCACUUUUUGCAUAGUUUUUCUUUUCCUUAUCUCUCCUUGUUAUUCUUUUCCCCUUACAUUUUUUCCCUCUAUUUUCCCUUCUUUUUUUCCCCUUUUUUUUUACUCUCCUAUUCCCUUUUAGUUGCCUUCUUACCCUUUGCUUUCUAUAGUUUCUCUUGCGUGCUUAUUUUAAUUUAUUGUUCUAUAUUCUUUUUUAAAUGUUUUUCUUUUUUUCCCAUCCCAGUCCAUUUAAUAAAAAUAUGUUCAUUCUUUCCUUGCUUAUGUGUUUCUUCUGUCUCCUGUAUUUAUUCCCUCUCUCAGGCCUUUUAUGAUCAGCCCCACACAUUCGCCUACAUUAUUACACAUUUUUGCACUCUUGAUUUCUGCAAUAUUUCCUCUUUCUUUCUUUUUUCUUUGCUGUCUUCCUUUAUUUAUUUCUUUUUUUUUCUUUCUUUCUACCUUUCUUUACUUUCUUUCAUUUUUUCUUUCUUUCUUUCUUUCAUUUCAUUUCUUUUUUCUUUCUUUCUACCUUUCUUUUCUUUUCUUUCUUUAUUUCUUUCUUUCUACCUUUCUUUUCUUUUCUUUUUUUAUUUCUUUCUUUCUACCUUUCUUUACUUUCUUUCUUUCUUUCUUUCUUCCAUUCAUUUCUUUUCUUUUCUUUCUUCAUUUCUUUCUUUCUUUCUACCUUUCGUUACUUUCUUUCUUUCUUUCUUUUCUUUCUUUCAUUUACUUUAUUUUCCUUCUUUAUGUCUUUCUUUCUUUCUACCUUUCUUUCCUUUCUUUCUUUCUUGCAUUCUUUCCUUCCUUUCUUUCUUUCUUUCAUUUCAUUUCAUUUUUAUUUAUUUAUUUCUACCUUUCUUUUCUUUUCUUUUUUCUUUCUUUCUGUCUUUCUUUCUUUCUUUCUUUCUUUCUUUCUUACUUCCAUUCAUUUCUUUUCUUUCUUUCUUUUCUUUCUUUCUUUCUUUCUUUUUCUAUAUCCCAAAACUGGUUGGAUUUCACCCAUUAUUAUCUCUGUCCCUCUGGCUUGAUCUAUAUCUCUCCCUCUAUUCAUGCUCUUUCAAUCUGGCCCGCCCUCUCUCUUCAUGCCCUGUGUGCCUGGCUCUCUCUCCCUUCCUGCUCUCUCUGUCUGUUUAUCUGUCUUCAUUCUCUGUCUGUUUGUCACCCAUCAUUAUCUUUGACUAA